GCGUGGUUACGUCGGCGUCGUACUUGCAACUUCAGCACAUCGUUGAAACACACAUAAACAUAAACAAAAACGAAGACGUGCUGUUAGCCGGUCGCUAAAUCGAAGAGUACGACGGUGAUUCUUUUUUGUUUCGAAAAACUGACAGUAUCGGGCGCGUUACGUCAAAUGUUAUGCUUGUAACUGUUUAGUAACUUGAAAUGAACUCCAAUUUCGAAUGUGUAUUUAGAAACAGUGUUUAAAUAUUCUUCGAGGUGUGGUAUGGAAUGAGAUAAAGGACAAAACCAUCGUUGACGUUUUAAAAAUGUGUAGAAACUAGAAGUAGCGAUUGGUGGUGAUUUUGCUGCAACGUAAAAGGGCUGCUGUUCGAAAAUGGAUCUUGGUAUAUGAAUAUAUGAGUUUUCAAAAUCUGGCUUCCAAUUUAUUAAGGAGGACUUUACCUGGUUCAAAAUCACAUAUGACCGAUGUACUUGUCACCGAGACACCUAGCAGGAAAAGAAGAACCAGGGCCGCUAUGAUACGGCUUUUGGGGACGCGACUUUUCACCCGUCUUUUGUUACUCAUCUGUUCCCUAAGCCUGCUGAGUUUGCUUUUUCUUAGUCGGUGCAGUUUGAACGGCCUUGACACAACUUCAUCUUCUGCCGAAGAAACAGAAAUUCACGCCGCCUUUCUAUCUGGUUCGACGAUAAUUGGAAAUCAACAGCACCCUCCAGGGGGCGGCCAGGAUAGCACCAGUCAGACGCAGGAUAAUGGCUAUUCCCUACACCAGCUCCUACAACAAAGAGAGGAGGAGAACCGCCAGGAAGUGGAAAGGCUGACGGCGGAAAUUCGAGCGCUAAAACUUCAGCUUUUACAGUUUACCAAUGGUGGACCUAACAGUCUUCACGCCCCACGCCAGAACUCCUUCGGUUUCGGCGUGAACUCUUCCGUGCUCAACUCCAACCAGGUGAUAACCAACACCGAGUGCUCCAAUUUCAUCAGGAAGCAAGUAAUGCAAUCCGAGAUAUUCCACGGGACGCCCCUAAACAACGAAUACGAACUCAUCCCCUUCAAUCACUUCACUUACAGUCGAGUCUAUCCCAUAGACUUAGGUCUGGGCAAGCGAGUGGUUGAGAAACCGAUAGGAUACAAAAGGAAGGACCUUCUCGAGGCGCUGAUGAAAGCUUUGGAGACGCUGAAUAAGAACGUGACGGAGAAGAUAAGCAAAUACACCUUGGACGACUUCCUGGAAGGGUUGUACAGGAUUGAACCAACCACCGGUACACAGUACGAGCUUUACUUUAGGACUAAGUUGUUAAAUAAAAGUGACCAAUCGGGAUUUACUAAGGUGGUGGUGAUGCGACCUUUUGCUCCUCUUCAAACUAUUCAGAGCAAAAGCUUGGUAGGGCCCAAAGACAAGGAGUUGAUACACAUUAUUCUGCCGCUUUCUGGGCGCACUGCUACAUUCCAAGGCUUCAUGGACAAGUUUGUCAAGAUCGGUUUGAAGAAUGAUAGGAGGGUCCACCUUACCGUCGUGUACUUCGGAGAAGAAGGUCUUUCUGAGGCACGUUCCAUUAUGUCUCGCGUUCUAAUGACGAAGAACAGCGGGGGGAACGCCAACAACUUGAGACUGCUAGCCUUGAACGAGACAUUCUCCAGGGGUAAGGGCCUGAGGGUGGGAGCCGAGCGUGCUUGGGGCGCUGAGGGAGGCGACAAGAAGGACGUCCUUCUGUUUAUGUGUGAUGUGGACGUGGUGUUUAGUGCGCGGUUCCUAGACAGGUGCCGAUGGAAUACCAAGCCAGGGAAGAAGGUGUACUACCCCGUGGUGUUCAGCUUGUACAACCCCCACGUGGUGUAUACGCUGCAGGGGAGGGAGGUGCCUCCUGAGAAUGACCAGUUGGUCAUAUCGAGGGAUACGGGAUUCUGGAGGGACUUUGGAUAUGGAAUGACAUGCCAGUACCGGUCUGACUUCCUAAAGGUCCGGGGCUUUGACGAAGACAUAGUGGGCUGGGGAGGCGAAGACGUUAUGCUCUACAGGAAAUACGUCCGGAGCAGCAUGAAGGUCAUAAGAGCAACAGACCCAGGAAUAUUUCACAUAUGGCAUCCCAAGGUGUGCUCCGGCAAUCUCGGAGGGCAAAAACUGUCAGCCGACCAGUACAGGGCGUGCAUCAGGUCCAGGGCCCUGAACGAAGCUUCGCACGCCCAGCUGGGCUUCCUCGCUUUCAGAGACGACAUAGCCGCAAACAGUAGCCCCGCCAAGUACCCUUCGCAUAACCUGAAAUCGCUGAAAACUUCCCCGAAAAAGAACAAACUUCCCACCUAAGAUUAGUGAGUUUUAUUUUUAGAACCGUAUGAGUUUCAAGUAAUUGGACAAUCUGACACCGCUUGUGAAUACCGAAACUGUUAAUAAAGGUGCUAUGUAUUUGGGUUUCAAAAAGUGUACUGCUUGUUUUUGGAACAGACCAUGUUUUAGAGUGAAUUGGUAACUUCUCUACCUCCAUAAUAACAUUCUAUCGGAUAAGGAUGCCUCGAAAAUGUUUCUUUCCAAUAUUUUAAACAUUUC